AUGCCACCCCGAAAAAGAAGUGCACCUGUCGCCGACGCUUCAGAAGAAGCUGCGCCCAAGCGAAGAUCUCUUCGGCAAGCUGCCAAAGGAAAUCCCGAGCCUGAAGCACCGCCCCCAGCCAAAGCCAGCCCGCCAAAGAAGGCUGCCAAAGCGAAGAAGCAAGAGAAGCCCAAAGCACCAGCAAAAACUCAAGAGCCCGAAGCGCCAAAGGUGAAGAAGGCGGCCAAGAAACAGGAACCUUCUCAGUCUGGCUCUCGUGGUGUCUCUGAAGAUCCAGAUAUCGACUCAAUCCCGACGAUCAACCCUGAUGCACCGAAGCACGAUGGCCAGUGGUACUGGCUUAUGAAAGCUGAGCCUGAAACUCGCAUUGAGAACGGAGUUGAUGUCAAGUUUUCAAUUGAUGACUUGAAGGCAAAGACAGAGCCUGAAGGAUGGGAUGGCAUUCGAGCGUACGCAGCUCGGAACAACAUGAGAAACAUGAACGCCGGUGAUCUUGCCUUUUUCUACGCCAGCAACUGCAAAGAACCCGGCAUAGUCGGCAUAAUGAAAAUCGUCAAAGAAUUCUCCGAAGACAGCAAGUCCCCCAUCACCGCACAUCGAUGCGCACCAUACUACGAUCCCAAGUCUACAAAGGAGAAACCCAUCUGGGACCUGGUCCACGUUGAGUUCAGAAAGAAGUUUGCUGUGCCGAUUGGUCUGAAGGAACUUCGUGAGCUGGGUAAACCUGGUGGUCCUCUGGAGAUGAUGCAGUUGCUUAAGCAGUCCAGAUUGAGUGUGAGUAAAGUUAGUAGUGAGGAAUGGCGCUUUUUGUGUGAGCUUGCGGAUAAGAAGGCGAAGGAUGCUGGGUUGAAGCAUGAUGAGGUUGAUAAGUGA